AUGGGGGACCCCAGAACCAUCCUGGUCUGCCUCUUUGGGGCUGUGCUCUACCUGACAGAGUCCCAAGCCCUGCAAUGCUACAACUUUGAACACACCUACUUGAGCCCCUUUGACCUCAGUGGCAAGUCACUCCCCACAGUCUCCUGUUCUAGCCGAUGCUUUGAGGCUGUCAGCUCCCUCAGCACAGGAUAUCGGUCCUCCGUGACGAUGGUAAAGAAGGGCUGCUGGUCGGGCCCGUCAAACGGCCAGAUGCAGGCGAACCAAGACUCGAUGCCUCCGGAUUACUCGAUGGUGCGUGGCUGCACCACUGACCUAUGCAAUGAUAACAUCAUGAACCACGACAGCAUCCCCAACCUGAGCCCAGCCCCUGAUCCGCAACUGCUCAGUGGCACCGAAUGCUACGCCUGCUUGGGGACCGUCCCGGAAGACUGCACUCCUGACAAGUCUCGGCGGGUCCAAUGUCACCAGCAUGAAAGUGUCUGUUUCCAUGGCAAUGGCCGAAUCACCAUUGCCAAUUCCUCAGUCCCUGUGUACAUCAGAACCUGCCACCGGUCCUCCUGCACCAUCAUGGGUACCACCAGCCCUUGGACGCACAUCCACCUCCAGGGCUCCUGCUGCGAGGGCAACCUCUGCAAUCAAGGUUCGGUGUCUCAGGUCUUCACCUCUGCGGCUGACCCUUCCCAGGAGACCCCCACCUCUGCGACUGCCCCUUCCCAGGCGACCCCCACCUCUGCGACUGCCCCUUCCCAGGCGACCCCCGUUGCGGUCCUCUUCCUCAUAGUUCCCCUACUGUUGGGCACUAUAGGAGGACCUCUUGGACUCUCUUCCUAG